AUGUUUUUGGCUGAACGUCUCUUACACACAAACAUAAUAAGUGAAAUGGAAUCGGCAAUUGGGGCUGCUGCUUCGGCAGCCAGUAGCAUAGGUUGGUUCGUGCCAAUGCUCGUUGCUGCAAUCGCGUACUUUCAAUACGAAGACAUCAUCGAUGCCGACGCGAAACUCAUAAAUAUCGAAUCGGACAUGUUAUUUGCGGAAUAUGACUUUAUCGUAGUUGGUGCGGGCUCCGCAGGUGCUGUUGUUGCCUCACGUCUCUCUGAAAAUGAAAAUUGGAAAGUUUUAUUGCUCGAAGCGGGCGGCGACGAAACGGAAAUUAGCGAUGUACCUUUGAUGGCGGGAUAUUUGCAACUCAGCAAGCUGGAUUGGAAGUACAAAACGGAACCAACGGGCAAGGCAUGUCUCGCCAUGAAGGGUGGGCGUUGCAAUUGGCCACGAGGAAAAGUCAUGGGAGGUAGCAGUGUCUUGAAUUACAUGUUGUACUUGCGUGGCAACAAGAAGGAUUACGAUAAUUGGGAAGCUUUGGGCAAUCCCGGAUGGAGUUAUCAAGAUAUUUUGUAUUAUUUCAAGAAAAGUGAGGAUCAGCAGAACCCCUAUUUAGCUGAAAGUCCCUAUCAUGGCACUGGAGGACCCUUAACUGUUGGAGAAGCACCGUACCAUACCCCAUUAGCAGCUGCUUUCGUCGAAGCUGGUGUCGAAUUGGGAUACGAUAACCGCGAUUUAAAUGGCGAAAAGCAAACUGGCUUCAUGGUAGCUCAGGGAACUGUUCGUAAAGGUAGUCGCUGUAGUACUUCCAAAGCUUUUCUUCGUCCUGCACGAUUGAGACCGAAUUUACACAUCGCCAUGCAUGCUCACGUAACAAAAGUCUUAAUUGAUUCUCAAACAAAAACCGCAUUUGGUGUCGAAUUCGUUCGUGACAAAAGAAUUCAUUACGUUCGAGCGACAAAAGAAGUUAUACUCUCAGGCGGCUCGAUAAAUUCGCCUCAGCUAUUGAUGUUAUCUGGCGUUGGACCACGUGACGAGCUCGCGAAACACCGAAUCCCGGUAAUAAGUGACUUGGCUGUCGGUGAAAACCUUCAGGAUCACAUCGCGUUGGGCGGAUUGACGUUUAUGGUGAACAAACCGGUGUCUGUUGUUGAAAAACGUUUCCAUACGAUGUCAACAGUGCUUGAAUAUGCGAUUUUUGGACAAGGACCGCUGACGAUAAUGGGCGGCGUGGAAGGUUUAGCCUUUGUGAAUACGAAAUUCGUUAAUGCCUCACAAGAUUUCCCCGAUAUUGAGUUUCAUUUUGUCUCGGGAUCGACAAAUUCUGACGGAGGAAAUCAAUUGAAGAAGGCUCAUGGCUUGAAGGAGUCUUUUUAUCAAGCAGUUUUCGAGCCAAUUAGUAACAAAGACUCUUAUUCGAUAUUUCCCAUGUUACUGCGUCCCAAAAGUAUUGGAUCCAUCAAGUUACGAAGCGCAAAUCCCUUCGACUAUCCAUAUAUCUAUCCAAAUUACUUCGCCGACGAUCACGAUAUCAAAACUCUGAUCGAAGGAACAAAAAUCGCAAUUGCUCUUUCGCGCACAAAAUCCAUGCAACGCUUCGGCAGCGAGUUAAAUACCAAUAAAUUCCCCGAUUGCGCUCAUUUGCCGAUGUACAGCGAUGCCUAUUGGGAAUGCAUGAUUCGUUAUUACUCGGCGACGAUCUAUCAUCCGGUCGGAACGUGCAAAAUGGGUCCGUAUUGGGACCAAAAAGCUGUCGUCGAUCCCCAAUUACGGGUUUAUGGCGUGCAUCGUUUGCGUGUCAUCGAUGCCAGUAUCAUGCCAGAAAUGGUGAGUGCGAACACGAAUGCGCCCGUUAUCAUGAUCGCCGAAAAGGGAGCCGACAUGAUCAAAGAACACUGGAGCGAGAACCGGAUAAAUCGCUUUAAAAGACUUUAUCGAGGACGAAGGAGUUACGAAGAGACACAAAACAGCACUGUUAGCUUGUAA